UCGGGUCGCUACUUGUCUCUAUGGUUUUUCUGCGGCGGAAGUGUGGCGGAGGAGGAAAUAUGGCUGCCGUGGAUGGCUUCUUUGCUCCUGUAAGGGGUUGGGGGAAGCUUUGCUGUAUCCUCGCCAGCGCGGGGAAGAAUAGUAGCCGCUCUUUUGGAGCAGUUGCAACAUGGAGACAGCAGUGUAGUUCACACAAUGAACAGGUAUCCAGUAAGCCAGAUAUGCCGGAAUUGAUGGAUAAUCCUUAUAAGGAGCCUCCUAAAAAAUGCAUCUUGUGCGGGACACAUGUUGAUUACAAGAAUGUUCAGCUUUUGUCUCAGUUUAUUUCACCAUAUACUGGCCACAUUCUUGGGAUGCGUGUAACAGGCUUAUGUCCAAAGAAACAGCUGGAAGUGUCAAAAGCUAUUAAAAGAGCUCAGAAGAUAGGAUUUAUGCCAGUUACAUAUAAGGACCCAACAUUCCUUAGCGAUCCGAAAAUAUGUAAUAUUAAGUAUCCAGACUGAAUUAUGUGAAUUGUACCUAAUAUGUAUGUAUUAUUAUGUGCUGAUUACUACUAAAAAUUAAUAAAUACAGACAUCUCAAAGAUGA